AUGAGAAUUCAACGACUCAACUGUCCUAACAUUACCAGAGAUUCGCCAACUGAUCCGUCAAACUGUCAUAACAUGAUUGUCGCUAUUAAAAGACCCAACUCUACGAUUGGGAUUCCCAACAGUACUAUUGAACCCAUGUUUUAUACGGCCGACGAGUUUAAGCCAACCACCCGUGAAAAGGCUACUUCCCUCACACUCGACCCAAAGACAUAUCCAAACAGUCAAUCAAACACUCCCAACGGUUCUCCGCGUACAUCUCCGCGAACGUCAAUCAUAUUGAAUGGAAAUAUAUUGAGUUCACUCUCACCGAUACCUCCCAUCAGACCUCCCGCUCCCUUUUCAUCCAAAACCCAUAUAUAUGACAAUCAUUUGAGU